GAAUCCCGUCAACAAACCAGCUCACCAUCUCCCUCAGAUUCUCACGCGCCAGCCAAGCACGAGACCUUGGUCCCCCUUGCUACCACCUCCAAGCUCCACGUCGCUCUUUCAGUGGUCUCCAGUCCACUGCCGAUAUCAUAUAUGUAUAAGUAACCCACCUUCACAUCCCUGAUCCCUCGCAAGAAACAAGCACACACACAGCUCUGGAGCAAGCUGAGAGAGAGCGAGAGUUCCAUUCGCAGGCAGCUUUCUGUAGAAACAAUGGCGGCCCGCCGCAGCUUCUUGUCGCCGCCAUGGCUGCUCCUCCUCCUGGCGUUUCUUGACGACGCGGUGGCGGUGCCCAGGCCGCUGCUGGGCAUCGCCGAGCCGCCGGCCACCGCAGCUGGGCCCGUCAGCGCGUCGCGGCCCGGCGGAAGCGGGAGGCCCGACCGGUCGGUGGCCGGCGCGGACGUGAUCCUCGUCGGGUUCGCCGCGGCGGUCGUCGUCGUCAUCUUCCUGUACAUCAGGGUCACCAGGAAGAACAGCUCCAGCGCCAGCGUGGGAGUCGGAGAAAAGCGGGAAGGCGGUGGCUUGGGAGGAUUCUGAACUUUCUAUGUGUAGGUGUAGAAGUAGCACUAGAAGUACACCAUCUUUCUUUUUUCAAUUUGCCUUCUUGAGUUCAGACUUGAGAGAGGCUUGUAAAGAGGAUUAGAUGAGAUGAUGGGUGGGGGUUGAUACAGUUUAAGCAGCUGUUUAAGGUUUGUCAUCAGUUCAUUGAUCUGUGGUGUGUACUGUACUACAUGCCCAAAGAAAACAGGGGAUAUGUAGGAGAACAGAGAAGAUCGAAAGAACCAUCAAACUUCGUUGAACUCCAAA